UUUUAAUUCUGUAAACUGCUGCUGGAUCUGUGAUUCCUCAUGCCUUCAAGAAUUUCACCAAAGGAAGGCAUCUGGGGCUUCUUCUUCUACUGGAUCUGAAACAGACAGCUAGUGUUAUAUUUCUUUGACCUCUAAAUUCAUGAAAAAUUAGAGAAAGAAAGAAAAAGAUGAUAGAGUUAAUGCUCAAGAAACCUUUGCAUAGUAUUGUAGUGGUGCUCAUAGUCUCUUUGUUCCUUAUUCUGUUCUCAUCAUCUUCUCCUUUCUCUGGAACCCCUUAUAGUAUUACUUCGUUCUCAGAUAGACCGGAGAUUUGGAGUCUUCGAAGGGUUGUUGAAUGGAGACCCUGCAAAUGGUGGCUUCAACAACCUCCUUCUCCUCUACCUGCUCACAGUAAUGGUUACAUUCGUGUGGAUUGCUAUGGUGGGCUCAAUCAGAUGAGAAGGGAUUUUUGCGAUGGCGUUGGGAUUGCUCGACUGCUUAAUGCAACUCUUGUUUUGCCCAAAUUUGAAGUGGCCGCAUAUUGGAAUGAAUCAAGUGGGUUUGCAGAUGUGUUUGAUGUGGAUUACUUCAUCCAAGAAAUGAAUGGCUAUGUUAAAGUAGUUAAAGAUUUGCCUGCAGAUAUUGCAUCAAAAGAACCUUUUCGAGUAGAUUGUAGCAAGAGAAAAGGCCAGUUUGAUUAUGUUGAAAGUGUACUUCCUGCUUUAUUGGAGCAUCGUUAUAUAUCUAUGACACCUGCAAUGAGUCAGAGAAGGGAUAGGUAUCCUUUACAUGGAAAGGCUGCUCUUUGUCAAGCUUGUUAUACUGCUCUGCGACUUACUAACUCUUUGGAGAAAAAGGGCCUCGAGCUUCUGCAGGCUAUACCUAAGCCCUUCCUCUCGCUGCACCUGAGGUUUGAACCUGACAUGGUUGCAUACAGCCAAUGUGAGUACUUUGGUCUUUCUUCUACCUCCUUAAAAGCUAUAGAGGCAGCACGUGCGGACCGCAAACCCUGGGCUGGAGAAGCAUCCCGUAUUUGGAGAAACCGCGGCAAGUGUCCCCUCACUCCAAAUGAGACUGCUCUCAUUCUUCAGGCUCUUUCCGUCCCUACAAACACAAAUAUAUAUUUGGCCGCUGGAGAUGGGCUUAUGGAACUUGAAGGGCUUACCUCUGUAUACACUAAUGCUGUUACAAAAUCCACCCUUCUUAGUGAUGAGGACUUCACAAGCAUGCAUGGAAACACAAAAGCUGCCCUUGAUUAUUAUGUAUCCAUUAACAGCGACUAUUACAUUGCUACGUACUUUGGGAAUAUGGAUAAGAUGGUAGCAGCAAUACGGGCUAUGAAGGGGUUGUACAAAACGCUUUUCUUAAGUAGGAGGGCUUUUGCAGUAUUCACAUCUCAAGGGCUCAGAGGGGAAAGAUUAAUGGAAGCACUGUGGAAGGCUCAUAGAGAUGAUUUUGUGAUGAGUAGGGGUUCUGCUUUAUCUGACUGCUUUUGUGAGUUCCAGUUAUAGGUAGAUUAUAAUCAUUUUUUAAAUCCCUUCAAAUUUAUGUAGUUUUGCAUCACUGAUUUAUCUCGAAUAUUUGUAGAUCUGUCCCAGCAUGAAGGGCAUUGUUUAGCUAAUGAAUUGAACCAUGUAUUUGUUUUGA